AUGGCAAAUUGCCCCAUUCGGAUCCUCGAUGGCGGUCUCGGCACCUCGCUCCAGGACCGCUAUGGCGUCGAAUUCUCCUCCGCCGCCACGCCGCUCUGGUCCUCCCACCUUCUCGCCACUGGACCUCAGAGCGAGCCCGAGACCCUGCUGCAGCGCUGCCAGGCCGACUUCUGCCGCGCUGGCGCUGACGUCCUCGAGACCGCCACGUACCAGAUCUCGACAGCCGGCUUGGCGCGCACACGCGUGCUGCCCGAUCAUCCCGAUGGCAUCGUCGAGCCUGCAGAUGUCUACCAGUUUCUCGAGCGGGCCGUCGCCGUGGCCGAAGCUGCUGGCAAUGUCGAGACAGAAGCAAAAACAACGAAACAUGAGACAGCACCCUCCAUCGCCCUCUCCCUCGGCCCCUACGGCGCCUGCAUGAUCCCCAGCACCGAGUACUCGGGCGCCUACGACUUUGACGGCCGCAACACCACCGCCCUCCGUCGCUGGCACGCCGACCGUCUGCGGCUCUUCGACGUCGGCGUCAACCGUCUGGCCGACCGCGUUCGCUACCUCGCCUUCGAGACGGUGCCGCGGCUGGACGAGAUCGUCGCCGUGCGGCAGCUCUACAACGUCAGCGGCAACCACGGCGACACUGAUACGAUCCCCUCUCGACUGGCCGCCCUGCCCUACUGGAUCUCCUGCGUCUUCCCCGGCGACUCCGCCCACGAGCCCCCGGCCACCCUCCCGGAUGGCUCCACCGUCGAGCAGGCCGUCGAGGCUAUGCUCACGUCCUCCUCUUCGACACAUCUUCCCUGGGGCAUCGGCAUCAACUGUACCAAGAUAGGCCGUCUGCCCCAGUUGAUCGAGCGGUAUGAGGCUGCCGUGGAGAGCCUCGUGGCCACCGGCCGUCUGUCGGACUGGCCUGCCCUCGUGCUCUACCCCGACGGCACCAACGGCGAGGUCUACAACACCACGACGCAGCGGUGGGAGAUGCCUGCGGGCGUGUCUGCGCCAAAGGACCCCUGGGAGGCACAACUCAGCCAGAUGGUGCUGGAUGCUGCAAGCCGAGGAAAAUGGCGCGAGAUCCUCGUCGGAGGCUGCUGCAAAGCCACAGACCGCGACAUCAAAGCCCUCAAAGCGUCCCUGCGAGAACCGCGUCCGUGA